CAGUAACACCCACACACUCGCCAUCACCACCACCCCCAUCCCCCCUUCCCCGGAUCUUUCAAUUCUCUCCAUACUAGGACCAUCUGUCCCCGUCAUCACAUUCCAUCUUACAGUCCUACCACUCGUGCUUCUUCCAUACUGCUUUUCGUCGCUUUACGACAUCCCAUCGCACAAUGCCUCCCAAACGUGCUGCGAGCGCCGCCACCAAGCGCAAACAGGACCAGCCCACCAACAACAAGACCAAGGCCGAACCGACCACUGUGAAAGAGGUCGCUGCGCCGGUCAAGACUGGCGGACGGAAACGCAAGGCUGCCGACUCGGUCGAGGAGAAGUCAGGGGCCACCGCUGCUGCUCCUGCCGCUGCGCCGCGGGUGACCAAGAAGCAGAAGGAGGCUCACGCUAUUCUGAACUACGCUCCCAAGCAGCUCCUCGAUGUGUACGUCUUCGGAACCAACUGCUACGGCGAACUCGGACUCGGCGACGCCACGAAGAAGUCGGAGAUCCCUGGUCCCGUCCUGAACCCCAAGCUCUCGGCGGACGCGGCUGGCGUGGUUCAGCUCGCUAUCGGAGGUGUUCAUUCUGCGGCUCUUACGCAUGAUAAUAAGAUUCUUACUUGGGGUGUCAAUGAUGAGGGUACGUUGGGUAGGGAUACGAAGGAGGAGCGCAAGGAGGUCGAUGCUCCCAAUGGCGAUGCCAAGGAGGAUGAGUCGGACUCGGAUUCGGAUGACGAUGAAGUCGAUCUUAAUAUGAAGGAGGCUACCCCGACGGCGGUGGAUUCUGAUCUUUUCCCCAAGGGCACUGUCUUCACACAGCUCACGGCGACGGAUAGUGCCACGUUCGCUCUCACUCAAGAAGGUCAGGUUUAUGGUUGGGGAACGUUCAGAGGCAGUAACGGUGUGAUCGGUUUCUCCCCCGACACGAAAAUCCAAACCAAGCCGGUUCUGGUCCCCGGACUCGAGAAGAUCACAUAUCUUGCCGCUGGCUCGCAACACGUCCUGGCGCUGACCGCCAAGGGCGCCGUUCUUACCUGGGGUUGUGAGGAGCAGAACCAGCUUGGUCGGAGAAUAUCGGGCCGUCUGCAUGGCAAGCUCGAGGGUCUCAUCCCCGGGCAGUGUGCGCUCCCGUCGGACGUCGUGAGCAUCGGAACGGGCUCGUACCACUCCUUUGCCAUCCGCAAGAAUGGUCGGGUGCACGCUUGGGGCUCGAACAACUUCGGACAGACCGCCGUCCCCAUGAGCGCCGGUGAAAGCGACGCCGUGGUCCUCUACCCGACCGAGGUCAAGUCGUUCCGCAAGCACAGCAAGAUUGUCUCCAUCGUUGGUGGAAAGGACCACAGCUUGGCCGUUACCGAGGAUGGAAAGUGCUUGACUUGGGGACGUGUUGACAACAAGGCCCUUGGUAUCCCCCUCGAGGAGAUGCCUGCGGACGAGAUUGUGCAUGAUGAGCACGACCGGCCCCGUAUCCUCACGAUGCCCACUCCCCUCGUGGAUAUCAAGGAAGAGAUCGUCUUUGCCACCGCCUCCAGUGAUCAUUCAUUCGCCAUCACGAAGGACGGUAAGGCGUACAGCUGGGGCUUCAACGUCCAGCGCCAGGCGGGACACCGUGACCAGGAUGAGGUUGAACGGCCAACGCUCCUCUCAAACAAGCACGUCAACGAUAAGAAGCUGGUGGGCGCCGCGGCGGGCGGGCAGUUCAGCAUGAUCGUGGGGGAGAACUCGCCGCAGGUCAACGGCAAUCACGCAUGAACAUGAGCAUGAUCUCCACUAGUUAAGCCAGUUUUUGUAACAGUCCUGUUAUCUACCCUCGCGAAUUGAUAUAUCUGUAUUAGUACUAUUUCCACUACACCUACUACUAUCUUGUUAUGAUGUGACCUGCAGUUAACCCUCCAGUCAAUGUAAGAAAGCGUUAGGCGUCCUUUCUC